AUGAAUGCAACAACCGAAUCAUCCGAUAAAGAAAAUAUUAAAAUAUCUUUUGUAAAAUCAAAUAAAGGUCAAUCUUUACUGUUGUUGAACGACUAUUUAUACAAAUGCAAUAAAAAGACGAACACAAAAAAGUAUUGGCAAUGUAUUAGUAAUGGAUGUACAGUGUAUUUGCAUACAGACACAAAUGACAAAUACUUGGGUGGGGAUGUACCUGAACAUGAUCAUGAAUCCAAUCCUGAAUUGGUUGAAGUUAGACAAGUUCGACAAAAGAUAAAAGAACGUGCUCUUCAAGAAAUAAUACCAAUUUCAAUAAUCUAUGAACAAGAAACUUCUAAAGCCUCUAUCAGUUCAACUACUUUGGCUAUAUUACCAACAAGUCACGAGAUUUAUCCAUCUGUUGCCAAAGCUCGACAAAAAGUAGUGCCGUUAUUGCCAAAUUGUUGUUCAUUCGAUAUUCCAGAUGACUAUAAACAUGCCAUUGAUGGAAAUCGAUUUUUGUUAGCUGAUGAAUUACUCGCACGCCGUGAACGCCUAUUGAUAUUUGCUAGUGAUCAUCAACUUGAUUUAUUAUUUCAAUCUCCCGUCAUUUACAUGGAUGGAACCUUCUCUAAAAGUCCACCACAUUUUAUGCAAGUAUAUAUUAUCCAUGCGGUUCUUUUUGACAUAUGUGUACCAUGUGUAUUUUGUUUGCUCGUAAAUAAAAAAGCCCUUACGUAUAGGCAUAUUUUUCUUGAACUUAAAGAGAAAGCAAAGGAACGUGGUAAAGUUUUCUCACCAAUAACAAUCAUGAGUGAUUUUGAAUCGGGCGUUAUACCAGUUUUAAAAUCAGAAUUUCCUUCAUCAAAGCACUACGGCUGCUUUUUCCAUUUUUGUCAAGCAGUUUAUCGUCAAAUACAACAUUUAGGAAAACAAAAGGAUUAUUCAAGUAAUGAAUCCUUCAGAUUAUUAUGUAGAAAACUCAUGGCAUUAGCAUUAAUGCCAUAUGAGCAAGUAAUCAAUAGUUUUAAUGAAAUUCAAGCUGAUGCUGAUCUAUUGCCUGAUCAUCCUAUGGAAGAAUUAUUAUUAUAUUUUGAAAAAAAUUGGUUAAAUAUAAUUGAUUUAUGGAAUGUCUCUGCGCGUGAUUCAAGAACAAAUAACGUGUGCGAAGGUGAGAUGACAAAUAAAGUUUCAAAUAUAUCUUUUUUUUUUAAGGUUACCACAACAGAAUGA